AUGGCUCCACCAAAAAGAUUCUGGGCUAGAUUGAAAUUAUCGCCAAAAUUUUUAGGUACUUUGCCUGAGUUUCCUACAUACAUGUCUAAAUCGCGUCUAAAGCGAUUGGCCCAAGAAGAAAGGCGAUCAGCAAGUGCAUCAUUGAAUGGUCUGCAGAGGUCAUCACCGGCUCCAGAAGGUGGUAAUGGAAACGGUAGUAAUUAUAACAAUAACAAUGGAGGUGGUAAUAAUAAUGGUGGAUCAACUAUAAGUAAUUAUAAAGUGAAUAUGGGUUUGAAAGAGGGAUCUACGUCAGGUCUAACGAUGAAUAGUAUAACAAGUGGACAAUAUGCUUUGGAUAAGUCAGGUAAACCAUGUAAACGAUGGGUAAAGAAACCAAGACAAUUCAAAUCAUUUACAGGGUUUAAAGUAACAUAUGUUGCAUUUGAACCUAAGGAUGCAGUGGACAAACAAGAAACUAAACAAGAAGAUGUGGAAAUUAAAGAAGAACUGGUUCUGAAUAUAAGUACUGAAGCUGCUAAUACUCCAGUUGUUACUCCAGCACCAACACCAGAUAUUCCUUUGCUCAAAACGGAAUCUUGA